AUGGGAGGUGACACGGAGCGGGUGUUGAUGGCUGAAGAGGAGUUUUCCACGCAGCUGGUGGUGGAGAAGGACUUGCAGGCGGAGGAAUCCGGUGGACAAAUUGGCCGAGCUCCCGCCCCACUGACGCAUGUGCUCUCCCCGAAGGUGUACGUCGGCGAGCUCCCGCAGGAUUUCCUCCGCAUCACGCCCACGGCCACACAGCAGCAGGUGCAGCUGGACGCACAGGCGGCCCAGCAGCUGCAGUACGGAGGGGCGGUGGGCACCGUGGGCCGCCUCAGCAUCACCGUGGUGCAGGCCAAGUUGGCGAAGAAUUAUGGCAUGACCCGCAUGGACCCGUACUGCCGACUGCGCCUGGGCUACGCGGUGUACGAGACGCCCACCGCCCACAACGGCGCCAAGAAUCCUCGCUGGAAUAAAGUCAUCCAGUGCACGGUGCCCCCGGGCGUGGACUCCUUCUACCUGGAGAUCUUCGACGAGCGGGCCUUCUCUAUGGAUGACCGCAUCGCCUGGACACACGUCACCAUUCCCGAGUCCCUGAGGCAGGGCAAGGUGGAGGACGAGUGGUACAGCCUGAGUGGCCGGCAGGGCGACGACAAGGAGGGCAUGAUCAACCUGGUCAUGUCCUACACGUCGCUGCCAGCCGCUGUGAUGGUGCCACCUCAGCCCGUGGUCCUGAUGCCCACCGUGUACCAGCAGGGCGUCGGCUACGUGCCCAUCACAGGUGUGCCGGCGGUGUGCAGCCCCGGUGUGGUGCCCGUGGCCCUGCCCCCAGCAGCCGUGAGUGCCCCGCCCCGCUGCAGCGAGGAGGACCUGAGAGCCAUCCAGGACAUGUUCCCCAACAUGGACCGGGAGGUGAUCCGCUCUGUGCUAGAAGCCCAGCGAGGGGACAGGGAUGCAGCCAUCAACUCCCUGCUCCAGAUGGGCGAGGAGUCCUAGAGUCCCGGCCACCCCGUGGCCUCGGCCCGUCCUGACCUGCCAGCCCAGCCCCUCCCCUCAUUCCCGUGAAGGAGCCCCAUGUAGCCUUUUCUCAGACGUCUGUAGUCCAGUCCUCACCCUCAUGUGGGAUGCAUGUGGGUUGUUGGUCCCUGGCCGCUGAGUGCCACCAUCACUCAGGCGUGGGUGUGGGUGGCUCUCCUCCUGGCUUCGCUGGGAGCAG